UAGGAAUUUCGGGCAUUCCCGAAACCGUCAAGGAUCCUUUAUCCGUUGAGUGAUUUUGAACGACCCAUUGAAAGGCCUUGUAGUAAAUCCAAGAAAGCUACCUUACUAACUUUCUCCAGGCUACCAAGACUCCGGAGCUGACAUUGCCUACACUCUCCGAACAAAAGGCCUCGAUGUGGUCACCCCAAGCAGCUCCCCGCAGGAGCAUGAGGGGUGGUGUUUCCCCGACACAGAAGAGGGCAUAUACUCUGCCGUGCAGCAAGGCGUUACACAUCUGUGGGCGAACACGAUCCUGUUCUCGUCGCAUCCGCUUCAAAUCUCCAAGAAACUAGACGCCCAUGCCUCAGACCUCUAUAUCGUGGGCCAGCCACCUAGCCUAGUUGAGAAAUUUGACGACAAGGCGUACCUGAACGGCAAGCUCCGAGAUCUCGGUGGCUUCACUCUCCCUCGCUCCUGGAUGGUCAGCGAUUCCGAUGAUCUGGACCAGCUGGUUAACUCUAUCGAUCAGUACCCCGUGGUGGGGAAACCGGUCCGUGGUCGAGGGAGCCACGGCGUCAAGGUCUGUCAUGAUGAUGCCGAGCUUAAAGCCCAUGUGCAGACUCUGCUUGGUGAAUCCCCUCUCGUUAUGCUGGAGGAGUUUCUGGCCGGCGAGGAGGCGACAAUUACCGUGAUGCCUCCAUCCCCGGGUCGGCCGCGGCACUGGAGUACCUUGCCCGUUGUGAGGUUCAACCAUGCGGAUGGUAUCGCGCCGUACAAUGGCGUCGUCGCGGUGACUGCCAACUCCCGGGUGGCUUCGGAGGAGGAGAUGAAAGAUCCUGCGUUUGGGGAUAUCAUGGAUCAAUGUGCGAAGAUUGCCGAAUUGAUUGGGGCAACGGCUCCAAUUCGGGUGGAUAUACGACGGUUCAGCAAGGACUCUUCUUUUGCGCUCUUUGACAUCAACAUGAAGCCGAACAUGACGGGGCCUGGUCGUCCGGGACGCGAAGAUCAAGCAAGUUUGACUGCUCUGUCUGCGGCAGCUCUCGGCUGGGACUAUGGGACUUUGCUGAAGAAUAUUCUGCAGACAGCUCAACCGUUGAACGUGUUUCGCAAGUAUCGCAGUCCGUUUUAGACAGUGGUAACAAGGUCUUUCCCACAUAGGCCGUGUAUAAAAGUUUCUCUCAUCAUUUGAAACUGAGUUUCAUUUUCGAUAGAUAGGUUAUGCGUUAUUCUUGCAAGAACCCUUUCACGGAGCAGAGGCGAAUUGAAAUUUAUGCAGAGACUGACUGAAUGUGACAUUCCGGAACUAGCUUGGGGAAAUGACUGACUUCUGGGUUCGCAACGAUUAAAGAUCUAUACAACUCGUUUGUGCAUUCCCCCCCUUUUCCUUCUCUUAUUCAUUCUCCAAGAUAGACCGCAAAUGCAGGUCACAAAUGCAGGCCGAAUUAACUAAAACAAGCCAAAAUAUGCAACAUCGUUCAAUG